AUGCCUCGGGAAAUCGAGCGGAGCCCCCCGCGCCGCCUGCUCCGGAGGAGGGAGCGCUGCAAGCGGUGCCAGGUCCGCUCGGCCAGAGGAGCAUCCCCGGGAUUGGAGGUCCGGACACCCGGGACUGCCCCGGGUUCGGGGGACACCGGUCCGGGCACGGUCCGGGCCCGAAUCUGGGGAGAACCCCGGGUGUCGGUCCAGAACCGGGCACUGGAGCAACCCCGAGUUUUGGGGGGGGGACCUGCGGGAUCCAGAACCGAGCACCGGGGCUGGCCCGAGCGUGUCCGUGGCGAGUGUCUCGGUCCGGUCCCGUGGCUGGCGAGGUCCCGGUCGCUUUUGUCGCCGUCACCGCGGGGCCGGAGCCCCCCCCGAGAGCGGCCCCGGGGCGGUGUCACCGUGCGGGAGGGAGGCAGCGCGGCUCUGAGUCACCGGCAGGAAACCGAGGGGUUGCAUCAGAAGCGGGGCAGCCGGAAAAUCCCGCUCCAUCAUUCCCGCAGCAUGGAAAAAGGAGCCGAUCCCUGCUCCAGCACCUCGGCAGCCUCAUCUUCCUCCAGCCCCAAGCUGAAGGAGGAAUUGUUGUGUCCCAUCUGCUACGACCCUUUCCGGGAAGCCGUGACCCUCCCGUGCGGCCACAACUUCUGCAAGGGCUGCCUCAGCAAAUCCUGGGAAAACCGGCGCCACGCGUGUCCCCUGUGCAAGGAGAAUUCCUCGCUGGAAGAUCUUCGCGUCAACCACACCCUCAACAACCUGGUGGAGCUGAUCCUGAAGGAAGAAGGGCAGCGCAAAAGCCGCGGAGCCGCUCUCUGCCCGAUCCAUCAGGAGGAGCCCAAGUUUUUCUGCCUGGAGGACAAGGAGCUGGCGUGCUUCGCCUGCCAGAAUUCCAAGCAGCACGAAGGGCACAAGAUGAGGCCGGUGCGGGAAGCGGCGGCGGAUUUCAGGGCCAAGCUGGCGAACAUGGAGUCUUCCCUGCGGGAAAAGGCCAAGGAUUUUGGGACCGUGCGGCGCUCCUACGAAUCCAUCUCCCGGCACAAUGAGGCGGAAUCGGCGCGGCUGGAGCGGCAGGUGAAGUGGGAAUUCGAGAAGCUGCACAAAUUCCUGCGGGAUGAGGAGCAGGCAGUGCUGGAGCAGCUCUGGGAGGAGACGCGGCGGAAGCAGGAUCUGAUCCAGGGAAAGAUGGAGCAGCUGGCCGAGGAGAGCCAGGCCCUGCUCAACGAGGCCGGGCAGCUCCAGGCGGAUCUCAAGGAGGACGACUACACAUUCCUGAUGACCCACAAGAACCGCAAGCGGAGGAUCGCCUGCACGGCCGAGGAGCCGGAACCUGUUCCCUUGGGAAUGCUCCUGGACGUGGCCAGGUACCUGGGAUCGCUCCAGUACAACGUGUGGAAGAAGAUGCUGGACACCAUCAAGGCGGUCCCAUUCAGCCUGGAUCCCAACUCAGCUGCCGGCUGGCUCUCCGUCUCCGAGGAUCUCUCCAGCGUCUCCAACCACGGCUACAAACUCUCCGUGGAAAACCCGGAGCGCUUCACCUCCGCCCCCUGCAUCCUGGGAUCCCGCGGCUUCUCCGAAGGCUUCCACACGUGGGAAGUGGACCUGGGCGGGCUGACCAACUGGAGGGUGGGCGUGUCCCGGCCCCACAGAGGAUCCGACUGGACAUUCCACCACGAUUCCCGCUCUGGAUUCUGGUACAUCUACCACCUUUCCGGGAAAGACGAGUGCCGAGCAUCCAACACCGUGCGUUCGGAAGCGGCUCCGGGAAAUCUCCGGCGGAUCCGGGUGGAGCUGGACUGCACCGAGGGGGAAUUGUCCUUCUACGACGCUGACCACCAGAGCCACAUCUACACAUUCCAUGAGAAGUUUAGUGGCGUCGUAUUCCCGUAUUUUUACGUGGGAGGGCCCCAGGGAGGUACCAAGGCGAAGACCCUCCGGAUUUGCCCGCUCCGUGUCCGUAUCCAUGAAGAUAUCCCAACCUAGGCCUCCUGGUGGGAUUUUCCAGGUGCUUUUCCGGAAAAAAAAAAAAAAAAAAAAAAAAAAAAGCAGCAGGGAUAAAAAGAACAUUUGUUUGUAAUGCCUCCCGUUUUUAUCGUUAAUAAAUAUUAAUAAACUCUCCCUGUGUGGUUCUGUUCCCAA